AUUCCUGUUCGCCCUCAUAAUGGCUGAACGACCGAAGCUGGGCAGAAAGCCAAUCAGAGCCGCGGAUAGUAAAAGGCUCGGGCUCAGCGUGUGACUGUCAGUGUGAGUGGUGUCAAAGACUCGCAAGAGAACUUCCAGUCAAGAUCGUCGUAUACGGCCGCCGCGGUACAGUCUUCUAGUCACUGUGCGCCCGCUGCAUACACACCGGGUCAGCUAUACCGUACAUAUUUGACUCCAGAGUUUACCUGAAAAGGCUGGCCGGCCAGACAGGUGAAAAUUGGAGCGAAGAAGACAUUUUCUGAGGUUGUGUUCAUCUCGCGGUGUGCUUGAGCAUCAGCAUGUUGCCGUCGUUUGGCUUCACGCAAGAGCAGGUAGCCUGCGUCUGCGAAGUUUUGCAGCAGUCGGGCAACAUCGAACGCCUGGGCCGUUUUCUCUGGUCGCUGCCGGCCUGCGAACACCUGCAUAAGAACGAGAGUGUGCUCAAAGCCAAGGCCAUUGUCGCCUUCCAUCGCGGCAACUUUAGGGAACUCUACAAGCUCUUGGAAAGCAAUAAUUUUUCGCCACACAACCACCCGAAACUGCAAGCGCUGUGGCUCAAGGCGCACUACAUCGAGGCUGAGAAACUCCGGGGCCGGCCGCUCGGAGCCGUCGGUAAAUACAGGGUACGCCGAAAGUUCCCUCUGCCACGGACCAUCUGGGACGGGGAAGAGACAAGCUAUUGCUUCAAGGAGAAAUCGAGGGGAGUCCUCAGGGAAUGGUACUCACACAACCCUUACCCCUCACCCAGAGAAAAGAGGGAAUUGGCCGAAGCGACUGGACUGACCACUACCCAAGUCAGUAAUUGGUUCAAAAACCGGAGGCAACGGGACAGGGCAGCUGAAGCCAAAGAAAGAGAGAGCGCGGAGCAGGAGAACAAGGGAAAACUAGCUACGCCCAGCACCAGCUCUGAAGAAGACCUGGGUAUGGUCAUGAACGGCAAGGAGAAUCUUGUCGAUGUGACGGAGCUAGGCGUGUCAGCCGCCUCCUCCAUGCACCAUCACCAUCACCACCAGCACCAGCACCAGCACCAGCACCAGCAUCCGCACCACCAACACCAUCAGCAGAGUUUGAUGAUGAGCGAGCUGAGCAAAGCCAACCUCAUGUCGCCCAUGACCAGCCUGCCGCCUGGCGCGGCCGCCGAUGUCGGGCUGACGCAGGUCAACAUGCCCGAGUCCGUGCUUCAGAACUCGCUGCAGAAUUCCAUGCUGGCCCCCAUGUCCAACAAUCUUGUGGAUAUAGGAUCGUAGCGAUGUCUGCCUGCAUGGGUCCGGUCCACCAGAAAAAAAACCAAGCCAAAACAACACCGGCCCCAAGAACAAUUCAACACCAACACCCGGUGUCGCUGUUGAUGAAAAAGUAAGUCCCAUUUCAAGAGGGUGAAAUGACACUAACAUACUAGUAUUAUUUCGUCACUUGCCAAUGUUGACUGUAAAUCGUUUUCCAUGAUUUUACAUGGAGCCUAUUGAAUAUGGUUUAUAUUUCUUGAUACAAAGAAUGAAUGUGAACGCCAUCUUGCCUGUGACUCGGUAUUUACAAACAAUACAGCUCUUUAUCCUUGCAUAUUUCUUUUACUGAUUGACGACAUUGAUGUUAUUUUGUGUAAUAUAUUUUACGGGAAACAAGGUCUUUAAUGAUAAUUCAUGCCGUAGUUAAGUUAUGUAAUUCAAAAACAAUAGAAGACACCAACCCAUCAUUGUGAGUGAAUGGCUUAAAAACCCAAUUUUUUGCUUAUUCCUUUAAUAUAUUUUUAUGAGGAAAAAUCAAAAAGGUCUCAAGUUUGAAUAAACAAAGGCUGAUUUUGUAACCUUAAGUCACAGCUAUAUUUCAUGCUUUUGAUAAUUAUACUUCACUGAUUAAUACAAAAUGGGAAAAUUCUUAGGAUUUUCAAAGCUUCAGUCCUAGCCGUGAGGUCCAGUGUUUCCUCGACAAAAUAUUAGAAUUGUUGCUGAAUUGUGGUGCAUGAACAAUUAAUGCAGAUUCGUCUCUGUCAUUAGCAAUGCGCGAGCGUAUUUUUUUUACUCGCAGGUCACAGGUGUCCAAGAUAGAUGGACAACCCCAACGGCAAAAAUGGCCGAAAGGCCCGCACAAUCACCGGUCAUAGAUAUUCAAGGGGAUAAAUUUUCAUGAGUUGCAUAUUGAAAAAGAAAGACCCCCCAAAAUACAAUGCUGCUGUUAAAUGAGGGCGAAUUUUGAAGUACCGGGUGACGGUGUCGUGGGGAAUACAUCACGGCAGUGGGACUUUUGCGUACGGCUUUUUAGAUAAUAUAGCGCGGCGUGCACACCGGCCAAAAAAUAAACAGAAAAACACGGGUUACAGUGAGUGAAAUUUGUCGACACAACAUUGCCGCAUUUGGUGUAUACUGACCUGGGGAGGUAAGGCUAUGUACAGGGAAUUGCUUGGUUUUAUGAUGAUACCAGUGACAUGUCGCCCGAGAAGCCUGCAAGUGUUUUACUAUAGAUACCCAAUCUAUCAACUUAAAUCCUCCCGCAGGUCCGAGCUAUAUAACAAUGCGUGCGGCGAAAAGAACAGUUGGGGGCUAACGGGGCGAAAUAAGGUGGGGAACUGGAGGAAAGAGAUAGGGAGCCAGGGCAGCGGCUAUCAGUGGGAUAGAUGCCGGGGCAUAGUGCUGGCCAUUAAGAGGUCCAAGGGGAGGGGAUUUAUAAACGCCACUAACUUCAUCUUACCUCGGAGGACAUACGCGUGCUAACCUCUGGCUGUUCUCAGUGAGAAAUCCAUCUUUCUUUUUUUCUUCUAUUUGCAAUUGAAAAAAAUACUCGAUUUGGAAUGUGAGCAAUCCCGCAAUCAAUCCAAGGCCAAAUUCCGUGUAUUUACAUUUCCAAUUUGUCUAAAGUAAAGCGUGCGUGUUUGUCGUAAAUGCCGAAUCAUCUUCGAUAACUGUCGGGAUACGCAGAUUGCGAUCCCUUUGAAGAUGGCGCGACGCAGAAUGACUCUCUCGCGUGGAUCUCGCCGUGUACCGUUCACCGUUGAUCGCCAUGAUGAGCUGCUAUUGCCUCUCAUUGUCUUUACCCCUCGUGCAACCAAUCGGCUGAUAUCAUACGACUUACAGAGUCUGUCUGUCAUUACCUGAGCACCAGCCUUUAGCUCGGGAUUUUCUUGUCUUGCCCUCACGAUCAUUACAAAGGAUUGUAUCUUGGCCGAAGAAAACGAGAAAGCAAAGUAGAAGUAGAAGAAGUAGGGAAAAAAUGGGCUCUGCCAAAAAGCAGCAAUCAAGCCGAUCGCUGAAGAUGGUCAUGAUGAUUACACCUGGGUAAUCUUGAAUCCUCGGAGACUUUCCCAACCACUCUAGCUACACAACAGAGCCUUUUACAUCAUCCCACGCCCACAGAGAGGGGCUGAUUAUUGGCCUGAAUGGCAGAGUACACCCUUCCAAUUACUUAGAUUUCACCCCGGUAUUCGUCCGCUGGCCCUUGUUCCGUCGUUCACCCUGCGUGAAUUAGGUGAAGUGGGGGGUCAAACGCACGCCGUUCAAAGGCGGAUGCCACAGCCCAUAGAAUGAGGGUGGUGUUGGUUUUCACGUCACACCAUCGCCAUAUCAAUACCUUGUUGUCUUUGAAAGCACAAUCAAUUUAAUAACUGCAUGGAAGAGAGAGAGAGGGGGCACAUUGGGAAGUCUGACUGUGUGUUGCUGCAUAUCAAUCUUGGAUGUGUCAUGCCUUCGAGCCAGCUUGAGCAUAGAUCAAAACCUAACUGCCAUUUUCCCAUAUACAUUUUCAUCCAAAUACGAACCAAUUACACCAAAAUUUUGUCAGUCACGGUAAAGACCCUUUUUUUCUCCUUCAAUUUUCAUGAAACAACGAUGGUUUAAAGUAAAUCACCCUCGGCCGAUGAACCCGGAAAGCAGUGAUCGUGAGGGUACGAACAGACGUAGAAAAUAUCCGAUCAUAGCAAUUUAGGUAAAAUGGAAGUGAUUUGACGUGACCCGUAAUACAGAGGUCAGUCCGUUCAAGGAAAUGCCGAGGUUUGUUUGGUCGAUACAGGGCGGCGAGUCAGAAAUUCUCGAUGAACAGUUUCAUUGUCUGCGGUUAUUCAUUAUUUCAUAAAAAAAAAACCAAACUUGACUAUAACUUUUGUUUAUUUCCAGAGUAAAUUACUGGGGUUUUCCAUUUUGACUCACUGAUCCAGACUUUAAGACAACUAAUGGCCUCAAAAUUAAUGACAUACAGUUUUCCUUUCGUCAGUUUCAAUAUCAGAAUUAUUUGUGAAACUAGACGGUUCGGAACCACAGUUGGGUAUCCUUUUGUAUAGCUUUUCCUUCAUGUCGUUGCCCCCUAAACUUAUGAAAAAUUGACUCCUGACAGUGGCAAAACCAUUCUGAAUUGAACAAUGUAAAUGAAUAAAAUAAAAUCAGGUCCGGUAAUCAAAUAAUAUUUGGGGAAUUUUUUUCCAGCAAAAUACGGUACCCUCUAUUUGUGAAUACCUGCCUGCAUACCUUUAUCGCUAAUUCCUUAUCGGUCGACCCAAAUGGACCAAUUCAGCACUCCAACGCAUACAACUGUGUACUAUGUGAAACAAUGGGAUGUUAUUUUACAAUCGUGGAAUACGUGCCUGUGUUGUACAAGAUAUUCCCGAGUGAGCGACUUAAAAAUUCUCACACUUUAUUUUUUCUUUUUCUUUUUAAUCUGGUCAUGUAGACAUGGCGAAUUCGCUCACGAUCGCGUAGCCCACCAAAAAAAAAAAUUCCAGCGAACUUCUGCAAAUAUCAGAGCUUCCUGUUUCUUUAUUUGCUGUGACCUCUGGGAUUCAGUGUAUGUUUAGCGGACGGGUUUUGUUUGUCUCGUAAAUGAUGGAUCAUAUUUGAUCACCACCAUGCACAUAGCUGCAGUAGUUCUACCACUCUUCGCGCUUCGCUGUCUGACAGAAACUUCACCGAGAGUCCCACAUAUGGGGCAGGGGAUUUUCCGAUUUCUUCCACUCAAAUGACCGGUCAUAUCGCCAAGAUUGGCAGACUUGCUAAAUUUAUGGGGAAAAUGACAAGUUGCGCACACGGAUCGGAAGUGGUUGGGAGCCUAUGAGCGUUUCGGUAUCGCGAGUGUGUUUUGUCACAACUGAAAUAGCAGCCCUGCAAAUUUCGAAGCUUUAUUUUGAUUUGUCAUGAUGACAUGCGAAAAUGAAACAAUAUUCAGUUUCACUCUCUCCAUGUUAACGGUUUCUAAGUCUGCAAUUUUCUCAUUCCGAGUAAGAAGAAAGCUUCCUUGCGAUAGUUUUGUCUCAAUACCGAGUCUGAAAAUAUAUCUUCGGGAUACGAUCCCGAACUGACAAUAUAAGAUGAAGGUUUUCGUUUUAUGUAUUAAUCGGCAAAUGGUUGGCCUAAAUAACAUAAUAUAAUACGCCUUUUGUUUACCAUGGUCGAAGAUCAGAAGAAGACAAAAAUGCAGUCUCUUUAUUUUUUCGUCAGUUCGAAAAAAAAGUUCAAAAAUCGCCAUUCGAACCAAAACCUUGCGAUGAAAGAAAAAAGCCGUGAACUGAAAAAAAAAUAUGAUUAUCAGCGGACAGACACAACAUCUCCCCCCCCCUAAGUUCAACUUUACCAUGACAGCGGAGCCCGUACAAGUGCUUACACUCAAGCGACCGUGCCCAGUGACCGUAUACCUCGGCUCGCCGUACACGCAUAAAAGCGAAUUCUUGAUCGUGCCUCCCUACAACAAAAAAAAAUUCUUCAGGCGUUAAUAGCCUCAACAAUAGCGCAAUUACGGGGUCCUCCUUUAGACAUUGUAUAUCACAGGACGAUGGCCUCAUUUUCGGGGUUCUCUUUUUUUUCUUCGCUUUUUAGCUGAAGGCUUUUGGGGUUUAUUUUAUUUGGUCACUCCUUUUUAGUUCUCGUGAUUGGUCGCACGUGCCCUUCAUCUCUUUUUUUUCCAGGUCAGCGUGUGGCCACGUGUGUCCUGAUCGGGCCACCCCCGGCUAACUCUGCCCUCUAUUAUGCACAAUAUUUGGCUCGCAGGUAAUGUCCUCAACUAGAACCUUCAAAUAAAUGAAAAGUUUCACACAACAUAUAAACACACAAAGUUCCUUUCAUACCACCAAGUUUGGCCAUGACAGAAUGUAGAUUUUGUUGUCGGUUCUCUUGUGAAUCUCUUUCAAAAUAAACUAAUGAUGUUCCAUUACCUGGUGAUUGUUAUUGUUCAAGAAGUGAUUCUUCGAAAGGCUCAAGUUGCAAGCGGACUAAUCUGUAUCUCUACAACUAAGUAUAACCCUUAAUUGAUCUCAAAUUAGUCCCCAACAGCUUAGAACAUCGGCAGUCCCGUGGCAUGGAACUCAUACGUUUUCAUUGUUUAAUAUUAGAAUCAACAAGUUAAAAAAAAGCCGUCUUCUCUAUGAUGACAGAUUUGAGCUUAAUCUCCACUUACCGUGAGGUCAUAGCUAAAGAAAACAAAUUCAAGUGUAAAAAAAAACACCCCCAAAAAAUGCGUGAAAUGCAUGCACAAAGCUGUAGCAGAUUAAAAAAAACAGGGGGAACUAUCAAAUCAGUGUUCAUGGCUGUACUACGAAGUUCCUUUGGUAGUGUAGCGCCUUUGUUUGUUUGUUUGUUUGUUUGUUUGUUUGUUUGUUUUUGGUUGCAGCGAACAAGUAAGACAGACUAAACCAAUCAAAAGAUGAAAUUGAAAAGCAAUUUUUCGCUAUUUCCCUUAAAAAAAAACCACACUAUAAAUUAGUAAAUAAACUAUAUAUUUAGUGUUUAGUGGCCAUGCUAAUUUCUGAAAGUUUCAUUGGUGAUGUAAUGCCUUUUAAAGAGCAAACCAAUCAAGAAAUAAAAAGCUAUUUCUCGCUUUUGCGUCAUUUCUCGCAGCAUGCGUUGGGAAUUGGACGAUCCGUCGUGUCCUAUACCAUCGAUAGUGUCCUUAGAAUAACCCCUGCAGCUUCAGAUUUGCCAGUCGUAUGCAGGGAGAAAAAUAGGCUCAUGCGCUUCAUUUGCGUUCCUUUUUUGUGUUAAACCUCUUAUUUACGCCUCGUCACAUCUGAUCGGGGUGAUAUAAAGAGAUUGACACCUACCUCAUUUGUUAGCAACACUGGGCUGAAAAGAGUCAAAAUCAUCAAGUCAAUACCGGCUCUCUUUUACCACAGGUUGGACCGCGUUUCGACGGUUGUAUCAAGUAUCCCUAGAGCACUAGGUCCCCCCUUAUUAUUCCCAUAUAACUGCCAUUUUGGGUUGGAUCUGAUAUGCAUUCUUAUUGGGGACUGUAUCGGAGGAGGGCGGUCAGUGGAAAUCAUUUGAUUGAUGUGACAUGUAGGCGAAGUUGAAAACAUGGAUACGGCAACCCGUGUGUAUACGUGCACGCGAUAUGGUGAUUUCCACCGCGACAUAAAAAAGGCCCGUAGAACACACGUGCCCACCGUAUCGCCAGCGCCACCCGGGCACAAAGACCGUCGCGACGGUGCGGAAAAUUGCAUGGAUUCAGAAUGGUAUCGGAAACAUCGCUUCGCACAUUAAACACACACAUACUGUCCUCAUUUGUUCUCGGAAAGAUUUAUAAUCACAUGGCUGCAAUCCAUCUGGGAACAGAUAAUUGGUAUUUUCAUAUUUGAUUCACAGGGAAACGUAUGGACCACAAGUUAUGCCAUUAUUGAAUUGGACUAGUAAGUGGUUUUGUGUUUGUUUAUUCUGCAUCUUAAGCGGCAUUUCUGGUUUAUUUUUUUGACAAACAAUAAUAUGUACCCAUAAUGCCGUAUGCACAAUGCAAUAUUUUGGUAUUUUUUGAAAACGAUCAUAUUACCCGCCGCGCUGUUUUGCUUUAGAAAAAUAUUGGGCAACAUUCAUACAUUGAAUACAUAAUAGCAACAAGAACCGUAAGGGUGCAGCACAGUAGAUCUAACAACCGCUAAACACCAAUCAGAGAAACAGAUAAAACAGAGAAAGACAUAUCUGGGGUACAGUUGUUGAAGGAUAUUAAUAAAGAACAUUCCCAGUGAUCUUAUGUUAAUAGAAUAAUAAAAACAUAACAGAGUCAAAGAAGUGAGAGAAACAGCAAAACGCAAAUUGGAAAGAACACAUGCUGUUCAGAGAGCGAGGGUCGAUAAUCAUUUGAAUGAACGAGCACCCUAAGAGACCCUGCAUAAACUUAAGUUAUUUUCAGAAUGCCAGGCGCCAUCUUUUGUCAGUCAGGACUGUGACCUGGUUUUACAAAAAAAAAGUAUUGUCUGUGCGGGGAUGGGGUGAAAAGAAGAUAACAAAACAGAAAAUACAGAAAGCGGUCUAUCUUGCAUAUUCUUGGUCGGAUUUGUUGGAGUUUUGACAAUUUUCAAAAGCGGUUCAGAAGUUCGCCUGAUCAUCUAGAGGCAUUUCUAAAAAAGAAAAUACGCGCAGAAACGUCGGAACACUUUCGUAUGGUAAGCAAAAUAUUUGUUUUCGGAUAGCAAACGAAACUUCGUAUCAUUUUUCAAUUUCCAACUUUCCAAACUUUGUUUGUUGGAUAAGUUAUCGGACUAACAUUUCGUCUUUUUUGACCGAGCAUUGAUAAAUUAGUGGAAAGGUAUGUGCGUUGGUAUUUGGGAAUCUCUGAUGAACGAGGGGCGCUGCUGUUCUCAUCAUGUUAUUCAAUUUGGGAACAAGGGCAGUUCAGGUACUUUGAGAGCCGUUAAUUUUUGAUCAUUAACACACAAACAAUGUUCUACAUUCAUUCCCUUCGGUUACUAUGCAAAGAAUUGAGUUUAGCAAGUACAUAUACGUUUGUUAUCCAACGGAAUGAAGUAGAACUCCCUUACAUGGCUAGGACUGAAGCGUUGAUGUAAACUCACCCACUAGAAACCUAUUUCACACAAACUCUGAUGUGAAGGCACGAAUAAAUGUAUACUUAUUUUGGUAAUAUCCUUGAAUGAUGUGCAAGUAAUGUGACGAGUGGGAUUUUAUCAAAGUUCAGAAUAUAAAUAACAAACAGAAGCAGGUCAUUCCCCAUUGAUGGAAUGGAUUGUAUUGUAGGUCAGUUGAUACAAAGUGUUUACCUCUUUGGCUGUGGUGUUUUCGAAUUGUGUUUGAUAAUUUUGGAUGGCUUAUCUUAUCCCCAAGAAAAGAAUACCCUUUGGAGAAGGCAUCUGAUUAAGAAAGGGAAAACAAAGGAAUAAAUACAAAACAUGUAAAUUGCCAAAUACGCCAGAAGCCAAACAGUAACAUUUUGAUCAUUGGUGUCAUCUACUCAGUAUAGUUUGUCUUUGGUUUUUUUCUGUUUCGCAUUUCCAGUGUCGCAAAUUCCAUUUAGGAUAUGUUGUCCGGAUCUCUUAAUUAGCUGGGUUUAUUUGUGAAACUGUAUUAGUAUAUUUGAAUCAAUUUUAGAUAUUCCUUUAUUAAUUAUCCUGUUCCGUGUUCGCAUGACAACGUCAUCAGCAUUCCUUGCACAGACAACUAAUGGCAGAUGAUCGUAAUCAUUUUAUGUAUAGUUUUUUUUUUUGAAAUUGCGUCUGUAAAUUAUAAAGACUUUAAAAAUGCAUGAUGAGGACUGUGAUCAGUAAAUAUAACGAUCACCGACUUUGCACGAAUCGUAGGUAUCCUGUUCUUUCGGGGGCACAAACUAAAAGAAAAAUACAGAAUGUUUGCAAGUUAAAAAGAAAAACUGCAUGGUAUGGAAAAAAUAGUAUAAAAUCGAAGGAAUCCCCAUGCACAUUUCGUGUGUGAAGACACGGGUCAGUGAAUAUAAAGCAUGAUGACACCAGGUCGUUUCUUUGUUCUGAAAACGGGAUGGAAUGUAUGGCGUCUAGAAGGACACAGUGUUCGUGCACAGUAUUUAUGAACCAAAAGAUGAAAACAAUGACGUUAUGAUAGGUGUAUUAUGGUAAGCGUAAUAUCAGAAAACUUAAAAGUGAUGGAUUCUGUGGUUAAAAACUGUUGCACUGAAAAGGAUGGUGAACACGUACUCUCGUAUGACAUGAAACAGGCAUUGAAUUUUUUUCUGUGACCUAACCCCUGGUCCCUUGUGUUCUGUUUUUUUUUUAUGAAUUAAAGCCUGUGUAAUUUUAACAUCGGUUCCUCGCUCCCCGGGUUGGUGUGCGGACACUUUAUAUACAGUGUAAUUUAUUUCUUAGUGCUUUGUAUUGACAGAAAACGAGGCUGAGUAUAUAUCUGGUUUGUGUAAUACUGGUGUGUCAAAAUGAAAGACACGACGGAGGAGGGUUGUAAGGAGCGGGACAAGUUGUAAAUCAGAUCAAGAUGGAAGUUCUUGAUGUUGAUAAGGAACGUGAAAUAAAACGAGUUGGAGACCAAUCUGAGAAAUCA